GGGCAGUGUAGCGCUGGCCGAGUGCGUGAGCGGACGAAGCGCCGCACCUCGCGACUGAACCCCGCGGCGAUUCCUCGAUUCCCGUGCCUCACUCGUCGGCGAGCGGCGGCGACGAGAGAAAAUUGAGAAAUAGAAAGCCGUAGGCAAAGGCAGACGGGGUGGAGUGCGUGUGAGUGCCGAUUCACUAGCAUUAGUGCCUGACACUUGCACGCCGUGACAGUGCCUGCGUGUGCCAGCAAGCAGCGAGGGCGAGGGAGAGUGGAAGCCCGAGUGCCACAGCAAGGCAAAGACGCGAAGGAAUUCCGUGCCAAGGGCGAGGGAGGCGGAGGUGGCAAACGGCGGCAGGUUGGCGGCGGGUGUGUGGCUGAGGGCACCGCGGAGGCCGCCCGGAGUGCGAGUGUGCGAGUGUGUCGUGUAACCGGGAGCAGGAGGGGAGUCCUCACUCGUCCCCUUCGUCGCCCUCGUCACCCCCACCGCGCCCUCCCGCUCAGGGGCGUGUGUCCAGCGGGGAAGCAGUGUGGACGGCGCCCUCGCCCCGCGCCCGCCCGCGAGUGAGAGGAGGCCGGGCGCACCCAGGUGUAUGCCAAGCGCCGGCGUGGGCGUCCCGGCGCACCAGGGCAGCGAGGGGCACCCGCGAGGGAGGGCACCUGAGGGAGGGUCCGCUAUGGAAUGCGCCGAGUGAGACGCCCCCGCUGAGUAUUAUGGCCAGGCUGCUGGUGCCACAGCUGCUGCAGCGCCCCCUGAGGCCGCCACCGGUGCUGGUGGGCGCCCUCGUGGUGGCGCUGCUGGCCGUGGGCGUGGGCGGGCAGGAGAACAGUAACGCGGGCGUAGAGUGUGGGUGUGGCGGGAGCGUGGCGGCGGCGGUCAUCAUCAGCAUCAUCCUCACCCUCGCGCUGGUCGCCGUCGUGCUCUUCGUCUACUGGAGAUGCUGCCAGGGGCCCACAGGUCGGAAGAAUGGAGAUUUGGAGACAGGAUCGCACGCAGCUUACGAUAACCCACACUUUCUGCCGGACGAUAGCCUCGAUGUACCUGACGGAGUGGCAGGGGCGGCGGGCGGUGCCAGUGCCGCCAACAGAAGCAGUCACGUGGCACCAGAGAAGAGCAUGUCUACCCUGGAGAAGCUGGUCCAGGCCGUGCGCUCAGGUGGCUCUCGUAACAACUCUCCCAGGCGGACGGUGGACGAUUCGCAUCUGACGGAGCCGUCGGUGGUGGCGGUUCCCCUACGCGGCCAUGACUUCACUGGGCUCGGGUUCAACAUCUACGGCAACAUGAGAGACGGGGUUUUCGUGAAAGACGUUCUUCACCGCGGCCCUGCUUCGGAGUCGGGCAAGAUCAGUCCAGGCGACCGUCUCCUGGGCCUGGCGGUGAGCACGGAGCACAUGGUUCACGAGGACGCCCUUACGCUGCUUUCCUACGCGUCGCCCUACCCGGUGCUGCUCCUGCUGGAGAAGUCUGCGCAGGGGGCCGAGCGACGCCUGCCCUCUGCCACGUCGGGCCGCCCCGUCCAUCCGUUCUACAGGAGCCAGUCUAUUGACGAUCUAGCGAAGAUCGGCAAGGCGGACAUGUCGCGCGUGAGGGCCGCCCGGCUGUCCGGCGCGCGGACUUCCAAGACAGAGGUGUCACGCCCAGACCUCGUGGGCGGGAUGGAGCUGCCACGCCUUAGCCUGAGCUCGGGCAUUGGCACGGGCGUGAAUGCAGGCGCGCGAGUGGAUGCUAGUCUUGUACAGAGAGAGGCGCCCGAACGACACUCCGAACGUGCCAUUGAUGUGCCCGGCGCCGACGUCCGGAAGCCGACGGCGCGGGUCGAGGGCCCCGCAGUCCACGCCGAUGCCAAAGCCGACUCGAAGCUGAAAUUCGGCAUCAAAGUCUUGCCAGAUUUGACAGGAAGAGUUUCCAAGCGUGAUCUCGACCUCGAAGCUGGAGGAGAACUGUCAGCUGAGGGUCCUUCGCUCAACCUUCAGCAACCUCGUCUCGAUCUUGAAACCGAAAUGGAUACUCCCUCGGCAGGAAUCGAGGCCGAGGGCUUCGACGGGGCCAACAAGAAGCCAAGUGGCAUCAAGUUCGGAGUCAAACUGCCGCAGAUGAAAGUCAAGGCCGGGCAAGGCGACUUAGACGUCCCCGAUGCCACGGUUAGGAUGCCAAACAUACCCGAAGGUGAGGUAAGACUCGGAGUUGAGGAGAACCUGAACAUCAACAUGCCAGACGUCGACCUCGGCGGAAGAGGCGUGAACAAAGUCUCACUCGAACCCAAGACAGACGACGAGAAGCAGAAGGCCAAGGGUUCCUUUGGCAUCGACCUGGACUUCAAGGGCUUCGGACGGGGCCAGGAAGCGAACUCCGAACACAAGGAAGAAACCGACUCCGACAGAGAAACUGGGAAAUCAAAAGGUUUCGGUAACAUGAACUUCGGUCUCGACUUCAAGGGCCUGAAGAGAGAUGACGAAGUUGUCUCGGACGAAGAGAAAGUGAAGUCUAAGGGCAAUAUUGGGCUUAGCAUUGACACUCCGGACCUCCAGAUGCCAAACGUAGAAUUUGAACACAAAGUAGGCAAUGUAGAAAACAUCUCAUCUAAGUCUGAAAAAUCAGGUUUUGGGAUCGACUUCAAAGGUCCUGAAUUCUCCAUGCCCAAGCUUAACCUCCAGGGACAGGCCAAAGGCAAGGGUGAAGGCGAUCAAGCUGGCCUCACCCUGAAUGCUCCCGAUGUGAACUUACCAGACAUGAGUUUCAACAAGACGUUGGAGGUCGAAGGAGGAGCAGGCGCGGACGGCGUGAAUGUUGACUUAAAGGGACCGAAAGUUGACCUUUCCCUCCCAGAGGCUGACCUAAAGGUUAGGGGUGAUAUGAAAACAGAUGCAGAAGCUGAGGUUGAUGCAUUUAAGAAAGGCGGCUUUAGCUUUGGCCUGACAGGUCCAGACAUCAAUCUUCCUAGCUUUGGCUUGGGUGGGCGAAGUGAUGAAGAAAAGGACUCAGAUGAUAAGAAGAGCAAAAAGGAAGUUGAGGGCGAUGGAAAAGAUCUAUCGCUAGAUAUCCGAGGGCCUGAUAUUACUCUACCGAGCAUGAGCCUAAAAGGUAGCGCAGAACCAGUUCUAGAGGAGGUGAAUGUAGAAGCAGAAGAAGGAGGCAAAAAGAAGAGCAAAAAGAGCAAGAAGGGUUUUAGUUUUGGAUUCAAGGCUCCUGACUUUAAUCUUCCGGGGAUGAAUUUCAAGGGGCGUGGAGAUGACAGUGAUAAUGACGAAAGCAACAACUCUGAGAGUGAAAAGAAAGACAAGAAGAACAAGAAAGGCUUUAGCUUUGGUCUGAAAGGUCCGGAAAUGAAUGUCCCGAGUGCUAACCUGAAACUUCAGGGUGAUGCUUCCAUGCCAGAUGAUGGGAAGGACUCCGAUGACGAAGGAAAGAAGGAGAAAAGGAAGAGCAAGAAGGGCUUCCGGUUUGGCUUGAAGGGACCCGACGUGAACAUGCCAAACGUCCAAGUACACGCUGAGGCAGAUGCAGGCACAGACAAUGACGAUGCGAAAGAUAAGAAAAAUAAGAAGGGAUUCUCCUUUGGGUUAAAAGGUCCCGAGGCAGACGUCAACCUUGGAGCUAAAGGCAUCGAGGUCGAGGGCUUUGAGGUGAAAGGACCAAAUGUAAACAUACCUGAUGUCAGCCUGUCUGGUGGUUUGGAUGUUGGAGACAGGGAAAAGCCAGAUGGAGAGGACGAUAAGGACAAAGAAAAGAAAUCUAAGAAAGGAUUUAGCUUUGGUUUUAAAGGACCUGAUGUCAGCUUACCGAGUAUGAGUAUCAAGGGCAAUGCAGAUGGAAGUGAAAAGGAGAAAGACAUAUCUGAUGAUGAAGAUGGAAAUGACAAAACUAAAAAGAACAAGAAAGUUGACAAUGACGAUGCGAAAGAUAAGAAAAAUAAGAAGGGAUUCUCCUUUGGGUUAAAAGGUCCCGAGGCAGACGUCAACCUUGGAGCUAAAGGCAUCGACGCAGAGGGCUUUGAGGUGAAAGGACCAAAUGUAAACAUACCUGAUGUCAGCCUGUCUGGUGGUUUGGAUGUUGGAGACAGGGAAAAGCCAGAUGGAGAGGACGAUAAGGACAAAGAAAAGAAAUCUAAGAAAGGCUUCAGUCUUGGCCUGAAGGGACCUGACUUCUCAAUGCCAAGCAUGAGCCUCAAGGGAAGUGCAGAAGGAGACAAUAAGGAAAAGAUUGAAUCCGAAGAUGAAGAUGAUGAUAAGAAAAAGUCAAAGAAAGGUUUUAAUCUUGGAUUCAAAGGACCUGACUUCAGCCUUCCCAGCCUGAGCCUCAAAGGAAGUGCGGAAGGAGAGAGUAAGGAAACAAACGAGUCAGACGAUGACCAUGAAGAUGGAAAGAGUGGGAAGUCAAAGAAGGGUUUUAAUCUUGGAUUCAAGGGACCUGACUUCUCAAUGCCAAGCAUGAGCCUCAAGGGAAGUGCAGAAGGAGACAAUAAGGAAAAGAUUGAAUCCGAAGAUGAAGAUGAUGAUAAGAAAAAGUCAAAGAAAGGUUUUAAUCUUGGAUUCAAAGGACCUGACUUCAGCCUUCCCAGCCUGAGCCUCAAAGGAAGUGCGGAAGGAGAGAGUAAGGAAACAAACGAGUCAGACGAUGACCAUGAAGAUGGAAAGAGUGGGAAGUCAAAGAAGGGUUUUAAUCUUGGAUUCAAGGGACCUGACUUUAAUCUGCCCAGCAUGAGCCUCAGAGGAAAUGUAGAAGGAGGUAGCAAUGAAAAGGAACAACCAGACGAUAAUGAUGACGACGAAAGUGGCGACAAGGAUAAAAAGUCUAAGAGAGGAUUUAAUAUUGGACUGAAAGGCCCUGACUUCAGCCUACCCAGCUUGAGCAUGAAAGGAAGUGCAGAAGGUGACAGGGUAAAGGACGAAUCCGAUGAUGAUGACGAAGACAAGAAAGGUAAAAAGUCGAAGAAAGGAUUCGGUUUUGGGUUCAAGGGCCCCGAUUUCAGCUUGCCAAGUAUGAGCAUCAGAGGAAGCGCUGAAGGUGGCGAGGAGAAAGAAGAAUCCGACGAUGAAGAAGAUAAAUCCAAGGACAAGAAAUCCAAGAAAGGGUUCAGUCUUGGGCUGAAAGGUCCUGAUUUCAGCCUACCCAGCAUGAGCAUGAAAGGAGGUGCAGAAAUCGAACAUGACAAAGAGCCGUCUGAUGACGAUGACACUGAUGACAAAGAUAAGAGGGGCAAGAAGGGCUUCAGCCUCGGAUUCAAAGGCCCUGACAUUAACCUGCCAAGUAUGAGUCUCAAAGGAAGUGGAGAAGCUGGCGAAAAGGAGAAGGAGGAAUCAGACAAUGAUGAUGAAAAUGACAAAAAUAAGAAGUCAAGGAAGGGCUUCAGUCUUGGACUCAAAGGUCCUGACUUCAAUAUGCCCAGCAUGAGCAUCAAGGGCAGUGGAAAAGGCGACAAAGAUAAGGAAGAUUCAGAAGAUGAUAACGAUGAGAAAAAAUCCAAGAAAGGCUUCAGUUUUGGAUUCAAGGGUCCAGAUUUCAGUUUACCAAGCAUGAGUAUUAGAGGAAGUGGAGAAGGGGGAGAUAAAGAAAAGGCAGAAUCGGACAACGACAAUGAUGAUAAUGAUAAAGGCAAGAAAGGUUUCAACCUUGGUAUUAAGGGUCCCGACUUCAGCCUGCCAAGUAUGAGCAUCAAGGGCAGUGGAGAAGGAGAUAACAAAGAUGAUGAAUCUGAUGAUGAUGAAAAACACAAGGAUAAGAAGUCCAAGAAAGGAUUUAGUCUUGGAUUUAAGGGACCUGAUUUCAGUCUUCCCAGCAUGAGCUUAAAAGGUCGUGGACAGGAUGAUAACGAUAAGACUGACAAAGACUUCAAUCUUGGACUGGAGGGUCCUGAUGUUACUCUUCCAAAUGUGGACUUGAAGCUCCAUGGCGAUGCUUCCUCUGGAGUUGCCGUGGACAAGGAGGAGAGUGAUGACGAGAAACAAAAAUCAAAGAAAGGCUUCAGUUUUGGAUUCAAAGGCCCUGACAUAAACCUUCCUAGCUUUAGUCUCAAAGGCCGUGACCGAGGUGAUGGCGAAGAUGACUCAGGAGAUGAGAAAGACAAGGAUGGAAGAGAUAUCAAGUUUGGCUUAAAAGGGCCAGACGUCAAAUUGCCAAGUGCUGAUCUAAGUGCCGAAGCAGACUUGGACCUAGAAUCUGACAACGAAAAGAAAUCGAAGAAAGGAUUUAGCUUUGGCCUUAAAGGUCCUGAUCUGAGCCUGCCAAGCUUCAGUCUAAGGGGCAAAGGAGACAAGGGUGAUAAUGACGAGGCACAGAGUGACGAAGACGAAAAUGACAAGAAGAAGAAAUCCAAGAAGGGCUUUAAUAUUAACUUGAAGGGUCCUGAUUUCAACCUCCCUGAUGUCAAGGUAAAAGGCCAUGGAGAUUUAGAAGGGUACGAAGGGAAAUUGCCGGAAGGGAGCAUCUCCAAGUCUGUAGAGUUCACUGGACCAAACAUUGAUCUUCCUUCUGUAGACCUCAAAGCUCAGGGACAAGUGGACGAUGAAGACACAGCCAAAGGCAAGAAAUCCAAAAGAGGAUUCAGCAUGGGGAUCAAAGGCCCUGACUUCAGUCUGCCUAGUAUGAAUAUCAAAGGAGGCAAGGAUGAAGAAGAGUCGGAUAAUGAGAACGAAAAGGACAAAGAUAAGAAAUCCAAGAAAGGUUUUAGUCUUGGUCUAAAAGGACCUGAUUUCAAUUUACCUAGUAUUAGCAUGGGGGGAAGUGCAGAAGCAGGCAGUAAGGAGGACGAUGAUUCAGAUAAUGAAGAAUCUGGUGGCAAGAAGAAGUCCAAGAAGGGCUUUGGUUUUGGAUUCAAGGGCCCUGAUUUUAAUAUGCCUAGCAUGAGCAUCAAAGGUGGAGGAGGUGGCAAGGGGUCCGAUGAUGAUGAUGAAAAGGAUAACGACGGGAAAUCAAAGAAAGGAUUUAGUCUUGGUCUUAAGGGACCUGACUUCAACUUGCCCAGCAUGAGCAUCAAGGGAAAUGCUGAACAUGAUAAAGAAGCUUCAGAUGAUGACGAUGAUAACAAAAGUGAGAAGACAAGAAAAGGCUUCAAUAUUGGCCUAAAAGGUCCCAGUUUCAAUCUACCAAGCAUGAGCAUCAAAGGCAGUGGAGAAGGACGAGAAAAGGAAGAAUCAGAUGAUGAUGAUGAUGAAAAGGUCAAAGAUAAGAAAUCUAAGAAAGGAUUUAGUCUUGGAUUUAAAGGACCUGACCUCAGUAUGCCAAGUCUGAGUGUCAAAGGAGGUGCAGACAAUGACAAAGAAGAGUCUGAUGAUGAUAAAGACAAGGAAAAGAAAUCGAAGAAAGGAUUCAACCUUGGAAUUAAGGGCCCUGACUUUAGCCUCCCGAGCAUGAGUCUUAAAGGAAGUGCAGAUGACGAUAACACGAAAGAUGAAACUGAUGAAGGAGAAAGAGAUAAGGAGGGAAAGUCAAGGAGGGGUUUCAGUCUUGGAUUAAAGGGGCCUGAUUUUAACCUGCCUAGUGUGAGCAUGAAGGGAAAAAUGGAAGGGGAUGUUAAGGAUUCAGAUGACGAGAAAGAAGACAAUGAAAAGAAGUCAAAGAAAGGUAUUAGCCUGGGCUUCAAAGGCCCCGAUUUCAGCAUGCCAAGUAUGAGUAUCCGGGGCAGUGGAGAAGGUGACAGAGAGCAAGAUGAAUCUGAGGACGAUGAGAAAAACAAAGAAAAGAAAUCAAAGAAAGGUUUUAGUCUUGGAUUCAAGGGCCCCGACUUCAGCCUGCCUAGCAUGAGCAUCAAGGGCAGUGGGGAAGGAGGUGACAAGGGAGAAGAUUCUGAAGAGGAUGAGAAAGACAAGGACAAGAAAUCUAAGAAAAGCUUCAGUCUUGGCCUGAAGGGACCUGACUUCUCAAUGCCAAGCAUGAGCCUCAAGGGAAGUGCAGAAGGAGACAAUAAGGAAAAGAAUGAAUCUGAUGAUGAUGACGAUGAUGGUAAGAGUAAGAAAUCAAAGAGAGGUUUUAAUCUUGGAUUCAAAGGACCUGACUUCAGUCUUCCCAGCAUGAGCCUCAAAGGGAGCGCAGAGGGAGACAAUAAGGAAAAGAAUGAAUCUGAAGAUGAAGAUGAUGAUAAGAAGAAGUCAAAGAAAGGUUUUAAUAUUGGAUUCAAAGGACCCGACUUCAGUCUUCCAAGUGUGAGCCUCAAAGGAAGCGCAGACGGAGACAGUAAGGAAAAGAAUGAAUCAGAAGAUGAAGAUGAUGAUAAGAAAAAGUCAAAGAAGGGUUUUAAUCUUGGAUUCAAAGGACCUGACUUCAGUCUCCCCAGCAUGAGCCUCAAAGGAAAUGCAGAGGCAGGUGAUAAAGAAGAAAACGAGUCAGAAGAUGAUGAAGAUGGAAAGGGUAAAAAGUCCAAAAGGGGAUUUAAUCUUGGAUUUAAGGGACCUGACUUCAACCUACCAAGCAUGAGCAUCGGAGGAAGUGUCGAAGGAGACAUGAAAGACAAAAAAUCCAAUGAAGAUGAAGACAGUGAUAAGGAUAAAAAGUCCAAGAAAGGAUUCAGCCUUGGACUAAAAGGUCCCGACUUCAGCUUACCGAGCAUGAGCAUUAAAGGAGGAGUAGAGGAAGAUGAUAAAUUGAAAGAAGAAUCAGAUGAUGAAGAUGUAAAGAGUGAUAAGGGUAAAAAGUCCAAGAAAGGCUUUAGUCUGGGUCUAAAGGGACCUGAUUUCAGUCUGCCAAGCGUUAGUAUCAAAGGAAGUGGAGAAGGAACCCAUAAGAGAGAAGAAUCAGAUGAGGAUGACGAAGGAGACAAGGACAGGAAGGGAAAGAAAGGAUUCAGCCUCGGAUUUAAAGGACCUGAUUUCAACAUGCCUAGUAUGAGGGUGAAAGGAAGCGCAGAUGGAAACGUACGAGAGAAAGACGAAUCUGACAAUGAUGACAAUGAUGAUAAAGGUAGGAAAUCCAAGAGAAGCUUUGGUCUUGGUAUCAAAGGACCAGACUUCAAUCUACCCAGCAUAAACCUUCGCGGUCACGGCGAUGGACAUGACGACAAGCAGAAGGAAAGUGACCAAGAAGAGGAUUCAGAAGGCAAGUCAAAGAAAGGUUUCAAACUGAAUUUUAAGGGUCCUGACGUAAGAGCACCUGAUGUGAACUUGAAGAUGAGUGGACGUUCGGAUGAACUUUCUGACGAAGAAAAGAAAAACUCAAAGGGACUUGACUUUAAUCUUCCUAGCUUCAGCUUGAAGGGCCACAAAGGAAGCAAGAAUGAGGACGAUGACCAUGAUAGCGAAGACGAAGGCAGUGGCAAUAAAGAAAAGAAAGGUUUCAAGUUUGGAUUUAAGGGCCCAGAUAUAAACCUACCAAGUCUGAAUUUAAGACGAUCAGAAGGCCAUGAUUCUGAUGAAGAGACUGAAGGGAAAGUCAACAAGAAGAGCUUUACUGUUGAUCUAAAGGGCCCUGAAGUCCAUAUUCCUGACGCGACAACACAUGUGGGAAUAACUCACAGUAAACCAGAAGUAAACAUGCCUAACAUACACACAGGAAGCGGUGGUGCAAAGGUAGACGUCAAUAUUCCGAAAGUAGAAACCCCCGAUGUAGAUCUUGUCUUUGACCACGGUUCAGCUGCAAAGAAAAAGGAUAAGUCCUCUGGUUUCGGAUUCAAAAUCAAUGCCCCGGAUAUAAGUAUGCCCGACUGGGAUCUUCGAAUGAAGAAGAAAAAUUCAGAGGGUAAAAAGAUAGAAGUUGAUCUUCCCAGUGUCGAAGUCCCUGAUAUUGAAGCCGAAAGUGACCUCCCAGAAGUUGACAUUGAUUUGAAAAAGUCCAAGAUCGACUUGCCAGUGGUAGAUUUAGAAGCUGACACCAGUAAGUUAGCUAAUUCAGAGACAGAUUUGGAGAGCACACAACACUCACCUGGAUUUGGCAUGGCUUUUGGCUUUAAAGGUUUCAAGAAACACAUUGGUAUUGACUCUCGAGGGACUGAUAUUGCCAAUGUUCCUGAUGCAAACGUUCGUCUAACUGCAGCUGAAGUCAACAUUGGCAGUCCAAAUAUUGACAUUCCUGAGGGUACAGUUGCUGCCAAGAAGCGUGAAUUCUUCGAAGCUUCCAAAGUAACUGCAACAUUGCCAGAAAGUGAGGUGAGGCUGAAGGGACCGAAAUAUUCACCCGCUGGUGAGAGCGGAACCUUUAGGAUCACAGCAGGUGGAAAUGCCGAGGAAGACAUAGAAAAACCAAAAUCAAAAUCAAAAGGAAAAGAUGAGGAUGAUGAAGAAAAGACAAAAACAAAACAUAAAUUCGGUUUAGGCUUUGGCUUCCGAGGCUUUAGCCGCUCGUCUGACAGCGAGGACGACACCCGAGAACCAACAUCCUCCCUAACCCCUGACCCUGACAAGCAAGAAGUCAAAGAGGACAAGAAGAAAGUCAAAGGGAAAAUGAGCUUCGGUUUCAAAGGCUUCACUCGCUCCUCAGACACCGACGAGGAACACUCAGAGAAAGUCUCCAUGGACCAGGAUGGUGAUGAGGAUAAGCCAAGACCCAAGGUGAAGGGUGGUCUGCACUUUGGGUUCAAGGGGAGAGGGAGCAGGAGCUCAGACUCGGAGGACAAUAAUGACCAGGAACGGGUAGGCACCGACCCGCAGGCCGAAGGAGGCCCUGUCAAACAGAAACUUAAGCCAAGUCUCAGCUUUGGUUUCAAGAAUAAGAGUAAAAGUUAUGAUGUAGAAGGUGGCGAUGCUGAGGCUGACUCUGCCCGGCGGGAAGCUGAAGUAGAGGAGGAGGUAAAGGUGAAGUCCAGAUCUAGCCUUAACUUUGGUCUUAAGGGUUUCGGUAAGGCUGAAGGGAAAUAUGAAAUGAAAUCAGAUUCAGAGGGCGGGGAUGCUGAUGAGAAACUGUCCCUCGAUACACGUGGCGAUGAUUCUGCCAGAGGCAAGUCGCAGAAGGGCAUGGGCUUCAACUUCCGGAGUAAGAGUGGAAGAAGUACCUCUGAUUCCGAGGGUGUUGAUGCUGAAGACCGAGUAGAGUUUGAUACUCGUGGUGGAGAGGAGAAAGUAAAGGAGCCAAAGAGCAAGGGGAUUCGACUGGGUUUCAAAGGCUUUAAGAACCUGAAGGGGAAGAUUCAGACUGAGAUCAACCGUAUGAGACAUGACAGUCAUUCAAGUGAUGAUGAAGCAACUCGUGAAAGCAAUGUGAAUGAACAUCCAAAUGCUGCAGAAGCAAAGAGAAAGAAGAAUGCUAAGAAGAAAAAAGACAAAGAAAAGAAGAAUAAGAAGGACACAGAAGAUGUCUUAAACACAUCAGAAGAAAAUGCAAUGGCUCUCGCUGCCAAUGCAGCCAAAGAGAAUCGACGAAAGCGCACAGAAAAAGCGGCCACCUCAUCCUCAUCAUCUAGCUCAUCAUCCAGCUCUGAUGAAGAAGAUGACUCACCCACAGACAUGAAAAGGAGAAAGAGAAACCGAGGACGUGGGCGGCAGAUCGCAACAGGAGUCACAGAAGUUACUAUAAAUGAACGACCUGUUGAUGUAGAAGUCAUAGAAGAAGUACAUGUGACUACCCGUCAAGUAAACGUCGUUAUUCCAGAAUUAUCUGCUUCCCUUGGAACUCCUCAUUUGGAUGAAACCGACAUUGUUCAUUCCAAACGGCGAGCUCCAGAACCGCCACAGGCAAUUGUAACUUCAGGAUCUGUUGCAGGAAAGAGUAAUUUAGUGGUACGGGAGGUCAGACUAAAGUCCUUCCAGCCUCCUGCAGGAGCCACAGAGGUUGUAGAGGUAAUGCAAAAGAGUGUUUUGGAAAGGCAAGUCCCACCUCUUGUCCUACAUGAUACCACUUCCACUGCAUCAGACAGUGAUGUUGAACGAGGCAUUGCUGGAGCAGUGAUUGAACCCAUUACCUCUUCCACUCCAAAACGACCACCAACGGACUCCGAAGAACUUAAGCGUAAAGCAGCCUCUCUUGGAGAUCUUUCUCGCUUACACACUGAACCUGAAGUUGUCAAUGUUGUUCUCGAGCGUGCCAUGUCACUAGACUUAACACGUGCCGAAGCAACCACUGCUGCUGAAAAUGUACCCAAUCUUCAGCAUCCUCGGCGACUGCAACUUCCAGACUCCUCUGCUACAUCUAUAGAUGAGGAGGAUGAAGUUAUUGGACUGCGAGUAGAUGGUGGCAUGGGACUGCGACGUGCAGGGCAGUGGGGCACUCUUGAAGAAGCUUUGCAGUUCAGAAGACACAGUGACCUUAGUUUGGCAGAAGCCGUGUCACCAAGAGUCACGGAACCUGAGGGAGAGCCUGUCUCACAUAUUGAAAUCAGUGGCUCUACCUCCAUCACUGAUAUCUCCUCCACCCAGUGGGUCACGGCCUCCGAGACCUCGAAGAACAUUACGCUUCACCACAGAGAAGACGAAGAUCAGGAUGAGCCUCCAGCACUGCCUUCCACUCCAGCUCCAGUGGGUGGCACCACAAUCACAUUACUGGACGGCGAUGCAACUAUUACUGGUGGGAGUGUGGAGGUCACACCUGUCACAGUUGUCAAGGACACAGGUGUUGUAGUUGUGCAGGCUAACCCUCCCUCAAUCGAGGAGAAACAGGUCAGUAAUUUCACAGUUCAGCUUCGUAAUGUGACUACACAGGAGGCCCACACAACGAAGACCAUCCCUACCAGUAGCAGUAGCAGCAGCCGCAGCAGCCUCAGCAGCGACAGCGAGGUGGAAGGAAUUGCUCAUCACGAGGGUGGCAAUGUGGACGGCGUGACUGUAACGGUGGCGCCCAGAAUAAGCAGCGUAGACAUCAGUGGCCCUACCUCCAUUACGACUGUGCCCCCUCCCGUGCCCCCGAAGCCUCGAGGUUCCCGUGCACAGUCUCCUCCUCAGCUUGUAGUUCCCUUACAGGAGCCUGCACUCGUGACCGUGAGGGAAAACGGCGCUGUUGUGGUGACGACGGAUUCCCCCCAUGUGGAAACCAUGACUCUGGGCCAUAGCGGAACGAUUACCAUGGAAGGAAUCGAGAGUGUUACUCUUGGCCCUGUGACAAACAUCGAAAGUGUCACACUCGGCCCCACCAUCACAAGAGAAGUGACCAAUAUCGAGGGCGUAACGCUAGGACCUUCCGUCACCCGAGAGACCAUUGUAGUGGAAUCCUCGGAGAACGGCAGCAGUUUCCCCACCCAUCUCCUGCGCACCGACAUGUCCUCUCUUCCGCAAAAGUCCCUCACGCAGAUCACUGUUGACGGAGGUGGCUACACGGUCACCGAGGGCGCCCUCAGCAGGACGCUGAUCAUCUCAACGCCCGCGACUCCCGCCCACUCUGCCCCUGGCCCCGACUCCCCGCCGCCCACGCUGCAGCCCCCGCAAUAGGAGAAGGAAGCUCCCUCCUUUGUCAGAAGUGAACUCGGGCUCCAGCUCAGCAGCGGAGCAAGAAGUAGACUAAACUCCACGUCUCCGUCCCGGCUUUUCUGAUCGCGGAUCCGAGGCGAGAUCGAGCGGCAGAAGAAAUCAAAGUCUGACAUGCCUGACAGUGUUAAUCAUGGUGCACGGUGUUAUGCACGCACCUAAGUACCCAGAUCAUGAUGAAAUCAAAUACCAUAUUUAUAUUAAGCAAUAUUACCUAAGUUCAAAUUUUGUUAUCUGUAAAAUUGAAGAAUAGAUAUAUAUAUGUAGGUUUUUUAUCUCUUUCUUUCACUGUAUCUUAAUAAUGUAAGGUUGUUGGUAAUGAAUUUAUUUUACAACAAUAGAUAUUCAGUUAUAGUUUUGACUUUUGAAAAUUAGGAUUCCAUGCGAUUUCUUUUAAAGCAAAGCAUUUAUUGAAGAUUAAGCGUAAUGUAUUCUAUUGUCUCUUCUAAGUUUUAUAUACAUUGAGUUCAAGCAUUCAAACACUAAAAAAAAUUAUCAUGUGUAUUGCCAACUACUCUGUUCUCUAAAACCAAAGUUUGUUUCCGUAUCAUAAAGAAUAGCUUGCCAGUGAAGCUUGACCACAAGAUAGAGUCGCGCUUAUUUGCUCAAAACCUGCGAGAUGACCCAGUGACACCGAGGUCUAUCUCUCUCUCUCUCUCUCUCUUCCUCUCUCUUUCUCUCUCUCUCUCUUCCCCUGUGCCUCGAAGUAAUUAUCUCUUAGGUUGUAGGCAUGCUCACACUUGCUUUUUUUUACACUGAUUAAAUGUUUGUUCUUAUUUUGUGUGUGUAUUUAAUUGCUAAAACUUUCUCAUCAACUGCCAAUAUGUCCGGACAGCACAAGACUGCAGUUCUGUACCCGCCUCUGAUAUCUCUGAUGUCAAAUGGACUUCCAUCGAGACAUACAAAGAACCUGAUAGUGUUUAAGAAAAGUUAUUUACAUUUUGCAUUCCUAGACUCUCAGAAAGACAUUUUCUAAAAAUCACUUUGAAACGUGCGACUGUGUUAGAACUUUGAAAAUGUUCUGUGAAAAGUGUUCUGUCAAAAAAAAAAAGAAAACUUUAAGCUCGUGUCCUACCCUUCUUGUGCCUGAGAUUUAUAAACACUGUGACUGUCAGAUAUGAUUAGUACUUUUCAAAAAAUGAGAUUCUUCUAAGGCCUGAAGGCGAAAUAAGCGAGAUUGGGGAAAAGCGCGUGAUCUGAGAGCAAAAGGAAAUAGAAGAAAUAUAGAAGAAAAUAAAAUGUGACGUGAAAACAAAAGAUCAGAAAAUCACAAGAGACAAGACAAUAAAUCAAUAAAUAACCGUCCUGAAAAAACAGGUUUGAAUCAGGUUCUGAAACUUUACAAAUAAAAAAGGAGAAAAAAAAAGGCUGAAUAGAAGCUUAUAUUCAGAGAGAAGUUCGCGAGGUGUUUUUUUUUUUUUUUUUGAAGAAGUAAUGUGCAGUGCCAGUAAGUCGUUUGUUGCGUUUGUCCGACAACCCUUAUCGCCCGUCCAGUUGCAUCCCUCCAUACACACAUACCUCUUUGCCGUGCGCUUUAGGGCUGUACGUUUAGCCAAUGGUAUUUUGUACUCUUUCCAGAAGCAUCUGUUUCUUUUUUUUCUUUUUUUUUUAAUUCUCUUCGGUAAUUAUAUUUUCUGGAGUAUAAUAUUGUUUGUAAAUCAUCCGAUGUAUUUUUUUAUACUACAUUCCACGUGUAUUGGUAAUAGGUCUGACUUGUAAUGUAAUAUUUUUUAUGAAUUCUCUUCUUUUUGUGUAAUUUAAAAAAAAACCUCCAUGUGUUAUUGGGUGUAUAUAAUAUAUACUAAUAAUAGAUUAAUACUAUAGCUAAUCAUAAUAUUAAUAGUAACCUAGUAUUAACAGUUCAAGGUCAUCUAUUGGGCUCGUUCAUAAGAAGGAACAGAAGGAGGUGCCAUAAUAAAUAAAGAAUAGCCUAGGUUAGUUUGCCUCCCCCCCCUCGCCCCCUCUACAAGCACACACUUUGCACCCAGCACUGAUUCUAGUGAAAGAACAACAACAACAACAACAACAACAGAUAACAACAGCUCAUUUUAAUCAUGGGUUUGUGAUACGAUAUACAAGCUCAAACGCAAUUUAGGGGGGAGGAAAGGGGGGGAGGGGGUUUGGAAGUUAGUUUGAACAGCCACGUUUGGCGGAUGGAAAAAGCGAUAUCAGUGAAGUUUUUUUCUUUCUUUUUAAUGACGAAAUAAGCUUCUAAUUUGGUCUUCCGCCAUUGUCUCGUUUCGUUCGCUGUGUAAACCGCAAUAUAAGUAGUGCUAUAUAUUCUGUAUAUUUUAAAAGUAGAAGAUGGCGGUGUCCUAAACCCGUAUUUAACACAUAUCAUAUUUCCUCAACCACUUUUAAUAUUUAUUUUAUUAGUGUUGAUAAUGUUUUCAUUUCCUUUAUAUAUAUUUCACUUUGUCUUUAUUAUUGUUAUUAUUAUCAUCUCAAUUAUUAUUUGAUCAUUAUUAUUAUAACUAUUAUUUAUAUUAUGAUUAUUAUUACCAGUAUUGAUAUCAUCAAUAGGUGUUACUAUUAUCAUUAUUGUUGAUAUUGUCAUCAUAUUUAUUAAUAUCUGGAUAUAAGAUAUUAUCAUUAUUAUUACUAUUUCUAUUCUUAUUAUUAUUAUUUGUUUUAUUUAUAUUAUUAUCAUUAUUAUUAUCAUUAUUAUUAUUAUUAUCAUUACCGUCAUUAGUAAUCACAAUCAUUAUUAUUACCAUGAUGAUUAUUACUACUAUUAUGAUUACUAUUAUCGUUAUUAUCAUUAUUACUCUUAUUAUUAUCAUGGGUACCAUCAUCAUUAUUUUAUAUCAAUGCCAAACGUAAAGAUGAGGAAAAAAGCAGAUAAUUUGCAGUUUAGUUCAGAGUUAGGCAGUCUCUUUUUUUUUUUUUUUUUUUUUUUUUUUUUGAGUUAGGGUUGAAAAUAUUUCCCGUUUGAUUUCCUGCCGCGAGACAGAAUAACAUGAUAUUUGGAACACUAAACGCUUGUAUAUUUUUUUGUAUUUUGUAAAUUCUCCGAUGCUUACAAAAACUUAUAUAGCUAUAUUUUCAUAUGAAUCUGAAGGCUGUCAAAUUGAUGCAGUUGAUAUACACACAUAUAUAUAUACAUACACACACCGUAUAUCUAGCUAUAUCUACAUGUGUGUAUGUAUAAUUUUUUUGUACUUUUCUCUCGGCAUUUACAAGAAAAGUUAAACAUCUCUAAAUUUCAAUUCAUUUUAAACUUUAGACUUUUUUUUCCAGAAAUGAAUAAGAUCGUUUUUUAAGAUUUGCCAUAAUUGACAUAUUAAUUUGAGUAAAAGUGCAGAAAAGUACACACACACACACACACACACACACACACACACACACACACACACACACACACACACACACACACACACACACACACACACACACACGCACGCACACACGCACGCACACACACACGCACACACACACACA